AAAUGCCAAGGGAAGAAAAAAACAGCAGAAAACAAUCUUGUUGAAAACUCGAGAGAUGAAAACUGAAAAAUAGUUUUCUAAAAAUUAAGUUUGGACAGUAAAGAAUCCAGAAUGAUCUGUGUACUGUGGUUGAUGACCUGGCUCCAGCUGACCUCUGUACUCUGUGACCUCGAGACCACAGAGUCACCUGACCCAGCCUCCAGCUUAACCUUUGUCCGUGACCUCAGAAACGUGACCAAAGAGGUCGGGGAAGGUUUGAAGUUAAAGUGUGAAGUGAAGGGAGAACCGCCAGCUCUAACUUUUAGAUGGUUUAAAAACGAAGCACCUCUAAUCGAAGAGCAGGGGAGACUAAGAAUUAAAAACGAAUUAAAACAAAGUUUACAGUCUUCGCUGCUGAAAUUUAGAGAGGUUGAGACCCUGGAUACUGGUUACUAUAGAUGUGAGGCAGAUAAUGGGAAAGAUAUUAUAAAAUCUACUUCAGUAUUAAAGGUUGUGUUAGGAUCAGGGAAGUUUCGUCAAGAUGAGGAUACAGACUAUCUACAUCUUCCAGCUAGCUUCGAGGAUCCGUUCUCCUCUAUGGGCCAGGGAGUAGAUGGUCUACCUUCUCAUAUAGAGUUCCAGGGUAGAUCACCAGAUCAUUUCCAGCAGAGCCUGGCUAAUCCUAAAACAAAUAGUGCUAACGAGCUGCCUAGUCUUAAACCUGAUGAAUCAAAAGGAGAAUGUCAAAAGUAUGUCGGGACAGCGUGCUCUAAGGUGCUAGGGAGCAGCUUUGUAUUUGUAUCCACUGAGCAGCGUUAUAUUGAGCAGAAGCUAGCUGCUACCUUUGCGGUCAUUGCAACCUCUCCAGAUAUGUCUGCCAGAUGUGCUGAGUUUGCUAUACCUUCAAUCUGCCAUAGCACAUUCCCACUCUGUGAUCUGCGAACUGAGAAACCAAGAAAACUUUGCAGGGAUGAAUGUGAUGUGUUAGAGAAUGAUAUCUGUAGAACUGAACUAGCGAUCGCUAAAUCUCAUCCAAUGAUCGGCCACCAGAUGGGUCUACCAGAGUGUACAGAGCUACCACCAAUCGGAUCAAGGGAUGCCCACAAUUGUGUAAGAUUAGAAAUACCUAACAUCGGUCAACUUAUUCAACCACACAGCUGCUACAAAGGGACAGGGGGGGACUACAGGGGAACUCAUAGCAUGACAAGGUCUGGGUUGACCUGUAAACCCUGGGCAGAGCAACUGACCAUUAAAUCAAUACCAAACCAUCUAGAGUUAGUAGGUGGGCACAACUACUGCCGUAAUCCUAGUGGUUCAGAGGAGCUGGACGAACCCUGGUGCUACACGGACGAUCCAUCUCUACCAAAAGAGACCUGUGGAAUCCCGUCCUGUUCUGAGUUUUCUAUCUGGUUGUACGUAGUUCUACCAGCCUCCGUUGCACUCGUCCUCACAGCCGUUACACUUGGCCUCUGCUGUGUUCGGCAGGCCAAUAAGAAACCUCUCAGCCUCAGUACAGGAAGCCCGAGAAGUUUUAUAAAUCCAAGCGGAACAUCUUCAAAUCAUAAUUAUUCAGAGAUGGAGAUGAAUCACCUGCUUCCAGUAUCCAGAGCAAAGCCGAAGGUUGUGGCGCGGGAGUUUCCGAUCAGCGCCGUCAGGUUCACACAGGAGAUGGGGGAGGGGGUCUUCGGCAAGGUAUACCGGGGUGAGCUGGGAGGUAUAGUUGGAGGUGUAACUACAAUGGUUGCUGUUAAAACUUUAAAACCUGGAGCAAAUCAACAAACAAGGGAAGGGUUUACCCGUGAAUCCGAGCUGAUGGCUGAUCUACGUCAUCCUAAUAUAGUUUGUCUUAUUGGUGUUGUUACUAAGGAUGAACCGAGAUGUUUGAUCUUUGAAUGCCUGGGACAGGGUGACCUACAUGAAUAUCUGUUAACGCACAGUCCUAAAUCAGAGAUAGCGCUGUCAUCUGUUCACAGCAGCUCCGGGUCAGAUAGGGUGAUGGAUCAUGGAGAUAUGUCCUAUCUUGCUAUACAGAUUGCUAGCGGUAUGGAGUACUUAGCACAACAUCAGUUCAUUCACAGGGAUCUGGCCGCUAGAAACUGUUUAAUUGGACACAACCUGAUUGUUAAAAUAUCAGAUUUUGGACUUUCAAGGGAGAAAUAUGCUGCGGACUAUUACAGGAUGCAGAGUAAGAGCCUGGUACCACUGAGAUGGAUGCCCCCGGAAAGUAUUUUCUUUGGAAAGUUCUGCACAGAAUCUGAUGUUUGGGCAUACGGAGUUCUACUUUGGGAAAUAUACAGCUACGGACUUCAGCCAUACUAUGGAUACAGUAACCAGGAGGUUAUAGAGAUGAUAAGAACUCGUCAGCUGCUCCCCUGCCCUGAUGAGUGCCCGAGUAGGAUGUAUGCUUUCAUGGUAGAAUGCUGGCACGAGAUUCCUAGUAGGAGACCAACUUUUACAGAGAUUGCUGGCAGACUAAGACAAUGGGAGGGAAUGAGCUGCGGAUAUCAGAGUACUCAUAGUAAUUCACAAUGUGGACAGUCAGAACAUUCCAAUUCACAGCAUUCAAGUACAGGUCCGAGUAAUAAUACAGGUUCUACUAGUCUGAGCCAGCAACCAGGAUAUUCACAUCCUUUCUCAGUUCAGGUGAACAGUGGUGGGCAUCACAUGCUGCUAGGACAGUAUAGAACUAGUUCUAACAAUGUAUACGCCCCUCUGACCGGUGCAAACCACAGCGUUGCUUCCCUUCAGAUGGUUUAAAUGAAAACAAAAACAAAAACAAGAACAAAGCACAAAUGUAGAAAGCAAUAAGUGAUUUACUGUUACCACGUGAAAUAAAGUGAAUACCAGUUGUUUUCUAGAAUAUUAUGUAAAUUGUACAAUGUACAUAUAUCACAGUGAUCAAAAGGUUACAAACAUUCACGCAAAAAUUAGCGAGAAUUUUGCCAAUUAAAACUUCAUAAAAAGUAAGGCUUAAAGGUUUUAAAUCUAUAUGUCUAGGGUUACAAAAACAGUUUAAGUGAAUUAGUGAAUUAAAAUCAAAGACGAAAGGGUUACAACACUUGAAUGCCGACCCAGUCUUGAAAAUUGAUGCAACUUUUCAUUGCAGUCAGGUUCUAUGGGAGUUUUACAUAUUUGUGUGGUCAAAAGAUGACCCUAUUUAUAUGUAUGGUCAAUCGGCUGAUAAAUAUCUAAAAUGUUUCAUAACUGAUAAAGAAUAUCAGCGGAUACGUAAUUAAUUUUGGUAAAUAUCAUCAGCUCAAUUUCAUAACUUCAAAUCAGCUGAAAGUGAGUUACAAUGGCUGAUUUGCGAUGUGAAAAAAGCAGCUGAUAAUGAUAUCGGUUGUUUGGGAAAAGAAGUUAAAUGCAUUCAAAUAGUCUGCCGAUUAUACGGUUAGAAAUUAACAUUUAUAAUAAACAGCCAUAAUAGUAUAAUAACAAAAAGAUCUGAUUCAUCAUUGACUUAUAUUUAGUAAUUUAGGAUCUUUCUACAAAGUGUUGUUAUGUAUUCUGAUUUAAAAAAAAACUACAAAAGAUUCAGGAUUUCAACAAUAUUGAAAGAAAUAUGAAAUCCGAAAAAUUGCAAAAGGCUGUGAAAUGCGCAAUUUCAAACCCUGCAGAGAUCUCAAUUUUCCAUAAAUCCCCCCUUUCCCCUGAAAUCAUUAAUAGUUUUUUAAUAUUUAAUCACAAAAAAAAUCAUUUAAAAUUGUUAGAUUUAUUACUACAGCUGAUUUAUGUCAAAAAUGAUAUUUUUAAGGGGGAAGAACAUUGACGGGAGAGGGGGGGGGGAAUUUUAAGGAAAAUUCAUACCUCUUAAAGCAAAUCUUCAAAAUCUUUCAUUGAAAAUCUCAAUAAAUAUAAGGUGCAAAAAAUGUGUCCAUCUAAAUAAAAGACUUCAUUAUUAUUUAUAUUAAAUAAUCCAUGUAAUGUAUGCCAAGUUGGAAGAAAAUUUCUCAACAUCUAAAAUACAAAAUCCGCAAUUCUAACGCAGAAUUCUAGAAAUCCGCCAUUUUGGAAUUUUGGUGCAAAAUAAUAAAGCUCCAUGUUCCUGCAAAAUAUAGCUCCCGACGGAGAAAUUCUCAAAUGAAUGUAAUCGAGGUUUAUAUUAAGAGUUUACAUUCUUUUUAUGCUAAAACUGGUUCAAUAUUGGUCUAGCCCAGAGCCUAAAAUAAGAGAGGGCACUGACUUACUAAACAUAAUAUAUCUUUUUAACAAAUAAAUUUUUCAGAAACUGCCACAAUUGUAAAACUUUGACAUUGUUAGACUGAGAUUUAUAAAAACUUUAAGUGCACUGUAAGGCUAUAAUAAAAAAUUAAAUAAGAUAAUAUUGAUGAGCUUAGAUUUUGAAAAUUUCGAUGUUGAAAAAAACCCGAUUUGGAUUUUGCACAAGUUAGUUGACCUAGAAAUAAUAUCUCAUAUAAAGGCCGAAAGAUUUAGUAAUUGUUAUAUUAUUAUUACUACAUCUCUACAUCUCUAGCUAGUCCUAACUAAACAAAGUGUGUUUUAUCAAAAUGUACAGUAAGAACCAGAAAUCUCUGGAAUAGGAACUCGACUUUAAACUCAAGUUAUGACUUUAAAUAAACAUGAGACAUAGCAAUUGUGCAGUGUAAACAGACAUCUUGAUUUAAUAACUUGCAACUAAAGCUAUUUGCUUUUUAACUUCAUCAAAAGCACUUUAGUAUUGCUCUAAUGUCGUCUUCCUAUUCUACAGAUAUCUGGUUCUCACUGAACUUUACUUCUACUCGUUUUUAGCACAGUUUAUCAUUUAUGUGAAUUUUUCUUCUAAUUGUCAGAUAUACAAUAAAUGUGAAUAAAUGUUUUCAUUAA